AUGGCGGGCGAGUACCACCCGUCGCAGGGCAGCAUCCUGUACAACAUGCUCAUGAGCGCCAAGCAAGUGCAAGCGACCCCGGAGCCGCCCAAGGCACGGGUGGCGGCCGCGUGCUGGGGCUGCUCCUGUGGCUCUGAGCCCCCGGUGGGCAGAGAGGGACUGACCGGGGCGCCGGCCACGGUGCUCCUGUACCGCUGCUGCUUUUGCGGGGAAAACCACCCGCGGCAGGGCAGCAUCCUCUACAACCUGCUCAUGAACGCCAAGCAAGCGCAGGAGACGCCGCAGGCGCCCGGAGGACUGGGGGGUGCGUGCUGGGGCUGCUCCUGUGGCUCGGAACCCCCGGCGGGCAGAGAGGGGCUGACCGGUGUGCGGACCACCGUGCUUCUGUACCGCUGCUGCUUUUGCGGGGAAAACCACCCGCGGCAGGGCAGCAUUCUCUACAGCUUGCUCACCAGCGCCAAGCAGACGCACGUGGCGCCGGAAGCUCCCGAGGCGCGGCCGGGGGGCGCGUGGUGGGACCGCGCUGCCAGCGCGCGGAGGCUAGGGGGCCGAGAGGAACUGCGGGGCGGGUGGCCCGGUGCGCUCCCGUGCCGCUGCUCCUUUUGCGGGGAAGACCACCCGCAGUGGGGCAGCCUCCCCUGCCACGUGCCCCCGGGCGCCAAGCCGACGGACUGGGCUCGAGAGGCACCGCCGGGGACCCCCUGGUGGGACCCCGCGCGCGGCGUGCGGCGGCGGGUGGCCCUCAAGAGCCCACAGGUGGUCUGCGAGGCCGCCUCGGCGGGCCUGUUGAAGACGCUGCGUUUCGUCAAGUACUUGCCCUGUUUCCAGGUGCUCCCCCUGGACCAGCAGCUCGUGCUGCUGCGCAGCUGCUGGGCGCCGCUGCUCAUGCUGGAGCUGGCCCAGGACCGCCUGAACUUUGAGACGGUGGAGACCUCUGAGCCCAGCCUGCUGCAGAGCGUCCUCGCCACCAGGCGGCGGGAGACCGCGGGCAACGAGCCACCGCCCCAGCCCCCGCUGCCGCCGCACUCGGUCCUGCCGCUGGAGGCCGGGUAUUUGCCGUCGGCCGCCGAGGUCCAGACCAUCAAGGGCUUCCUUGCCAAGUGCUGGAGCCUGGAGAUAACUACCAAGGAGUACGCCUACCUCAAGGGGACCGUGCUCUUCAACCCGGAUCUGCCAGGCCUGCAGUGCGUGAAGUACAUCCAGGGACUUCAGUGGGGAACUCAACAGAUACUGAGCGAACACGUCAGGAUGACACACGUGAUGUACCAGGCCAGGUUCGCUGAACUGAACAGUGCCCUCUUCCUUCUGAGAUUCAUCAGCGCCAACACCCUGGCCGAGCUGUUCUUCAGGCCCAUCAUUGGCGCAGUCAGUAUGGACGAUAUGAUGCUGGAGAUGCUCUGUGCAAAGUUGUGAAGGCACACGGGCCACACAUGUGCUGUUCACCAUGAAGCACAAUGGAGCAGCUAUGAGCAGAAGUGUAAAAUAGUGUAAAAUGAAGCUUCUUAUUAUUUUUACACACAGUAUUUUUGUAGUCCGUUAAAGAAAAACUCUAGUUACAGAUGAUUAGAAAAUCCUCUGUUCCAUGCUGCAUCACUGCAAGGGGAAGUGUUUCCCAAUAGGAAACGCAUCUCUGUACAUCUUUUAAAGACAGAGCAGGGGGUUUGCACUCAUACACUAUUUUUGUCACAGUCUCUCCACUGAACCUGCUGAAAUCAAAUUUGGAACAUUAAGUUAUAAUGUUAAGUUGUUAACCACUCAUUUGGUCGCAAAAAGUUUCAUCAGGGUUUAAGGACAGCUUCAAAAAAUAUUAAACACCUAGGCAGUGUAAACAAAAAUUACUUUUGUGGGUUUACUCUGUUUGCUACUCCCAUUAGCUGUGGGGAAGACUGUCUUUGUACAAAGUCGAGUGGAAAUCUCUGAUCAGAGAGGUACCUGAAAGUGAAAUAGGAGGCUUUUCAGAGUUUUAGUGUGGGAUUUUUCUGUACACAGUAAAUAAAGUUCAAGAAGCUUAUAUUCUAUAAGGAGGCUCUAUAGUUCCAGAAAAUCAACAUCAUUCUAAAUCCCCAAUUUUAUCUCACCUUUUAGAUGCAUUACAUAUAUAACUGUCACAUUGAAUGAGCAUGGUAUGAAAUAUAAAGUGACUUUAUUGUUGGCUCCUGCUGCCCCUUUAAAUGCAAUCAAUGAAGCUAGUUCUUCCUUGUCCCUGGAUAAAAUUUAGGGAACUAAAUGUUUAUUCACAUAGGUAAUAAAUUGCUCAUCAGUGAUUAAUACAUCUAGUCCAGGUUAAUAAUCCAUUGCAAGGGACUCUUGAAAUUUCUUCUGUGCAGACUUCUUUGGCAGUGUGAUACAUCUAUGGACAUCUUCUCAGAAUAAGGCUCUUGAUAAUGCAGCAAAUAAAAUACUUAGGAUUCCAAAGAAAAUGAGUUAUGUCAAAAGAUAGUAUUAAGAAUGUUAAACUUUCUGCUAUACAGUAGAGUGACUCAGGUAUGCACAGAUACAUUCCGUUUUAUACUCUUCUCCAUUAUGAUUUAUCCCAGGACAUUAAAUACAGCUCCCUGUGUUACUUAAUAGAAACUUGUUAUCCAUCCACCCUAUAAAUCAA